CCGGGCUGUACAUCAACCAGGUUCCACAACCUUCUCUUACAAAGCCAGCUUCAGCAGAGGCUGGGGAAGAAUCCGACACAGGGCUGUAGCAUGGCCGGCCAGUCAUGCAUACUAUUUCUUCUUGCAACUUUGCUCAGAGUUCAAUGCAACCCAGAAGCUUCAGAUAAAUGUUCCAGUCAACAGUUUACCUGCACAAAUGGGGAAUGUAUCCCAAAAGAAUACACCUGUGACCACGUGGAUGACUGCAGUGACAGAAUGGAUGAAAUAAAGUGUACUUAUCCUACUUGCACCGAAAUGGAGUGUUCCAAUGGUGCAUGUUACAACUCUAGCCAGCAUUGUGACGGAGUGCUGAACUGUAGAGAUGGAACAGACGAAUUCAAUUGCACGCAGAGAUGCAAUAUUGGGUAUUAUCAGUGUGCCAAUAUGGAAUGCAUCCCAAGGUUAUUUGUGUGUGACCAUGAUGACGAUUGUGGGGAUCAAAGCGAUGAGCAAAACUGUGCUUAUCCGGAGUGUACAGGAGAAUAUUUCACCUGUCCUAGUGGCCAUUGCAUUCAUCAAUAUUGGCUCUGUGAUGGAGAUGAUGACUGUGGAGAUAAUGCUGAUGAAAGAGGAUGUGAAAGAGGGGAACAGGAAAUCUGCUCUCCAAGGCAGUGGUAUUGUCCAAGCUCCCAGCAGUGCAUCUCUCUCAACAAACUAUGUGAUGGGAUCCAGGACUGUUCCUUUGCUGAAGAUGAAACUAAUACAACAGCUGGAAGGAACUGCAGUGCAAUUAACUGUGCAGCUUUAAGCUGUGAAUAUCACUGCCGUUCUUCCCCAUUGGGUGGGAUCUGCUUUUGCCCAUUGGGAUAUGUAGUGGACACCGAUGGCCGCUCCUGCAUUGACUUCAAUGAAUGUAGUGUUUGGGGAGCUUGUGACCAACUAUGUGAAGACAGAGCAGGAAGCUAUGCAUGCUCCUGUGUGCAGGGCUACGUCCUGGAGCAUCACAAGACCUGCCGAGCCAAUGCAUCAUCUGGAAUUCCGUCCAUCAUCUUCUCAAAUGGUCGUGAUUUGCUGAUUGGCGAUGUUCACGGGAAGAACGUUCGCUUUCUUGUGCAAUCUUACAAUCGUGGUAUUGCUGUUGGUGUGGAUUUCCACUACCGUUUGGGCAAGAUCUUUUGGACAGAUACCAUUCAAAAUAAGGUUUUUUCUGUAGAUCUGAGUGGCACUACAAUUCAGGAAAUCCUAAACGUUUCCAUUGACAAACCUGAAAACCUAGCUGUGGACUGGGUGAACGAUAAAUUGUAUGUGGUGGAGACAAGUAUUAACAGAAUUGAAGUUGCUGCUCUGGAUGGGAGUAACCGUAUAACAUUAAUUGGAGAAAACCUGGGAAAUCCUCGAGGUAUUGCUGUUGACCCCACCGUAGGCUAUCUAUUCUUCUCUGAUUGGAAUGAUGCUUCUGGUGCCCCUAAACUGGAGCGUGCUUUCAUGGAUGGAAGCCAUCGGCUUGAGUUGGUCAGGACCAAACUAGGCUGGCCAGCUGGGAUAACCUUGGACAUUAUUACAAAACGACUUUAUUGGGUGGAUAGCCGUUUUGAUUAUAUUGAAACUGUAACAUAUGAUGGACUUGCAAGGAAAACCAUUGCAAGUGGAGGUAUGGCAGUUCCUCAUCCUUAUGCAAUCACUCAUUUUGAGGAUAAAGUAUUCUAUACUGAUUGGACUAAGAUGGCUGUUAUGAGAGUCAAUAAGUCUAUAGAUAAUGACCCACAAAUUGUCUAUCAGUCUUCACUGAAGCCAUAUGGAUUGACAGUAUAUCAUGCAUCCAGACAGCCAUUUGUGUGGAAUCCAUGUGAUAAUAAUGCUGGAUGUGAACAUAUAUGCAUUCUCAGUCAUACAACAGACAAUCAAGGCCUGGGCUACCGAUGCAGAUGCAGGCUGGGCUUUGAUCUUCACCGCGAUCAGAAACAUUGCUAUGUCGCGACCCAGUUCCUCCUAUUUUCAUCCCAGUUGGCUGUUCGUGGAAUCCCUUUCAACGUCUCCACGCAGGAAGAUGUCAUUCUGCCUGUGACAAGAAACCCCUCGUACUUUGUAGGAAUUGAUUUUGAUGCAGCGGAACGGACUAUCUUUUUCUCUGAUACAAAGAAUGAUCUGAUUUGUAAACAGAAAAUAGAUGGAACAGGUCGGGAGGUUCUCGCUGCCAAUAGAGUGGAAGGAGUAGAAGAUCUGGCUUUUGACUGGAUUUCGAGGAAUCUUUAUUGGACUGAUACACGCUAUAGCAGCAUAUCUGUCCUGCGACUGGCUGAUAAAUCCAGGAGAGUGAUUGCUGACAACCUGAACAAUCCUAGAUCUAUUGUUGUGCAUCCAUUGUUGGGAUACAUCUUCUGGACAGACUGGUACCGGCCUGCAAAAGUCAUGAGAGCCUGGGCUGAUGGAUCAAAUGCAGAGCCACUAAUUAACACAACACUAGGCUGGCCGAAUGGUCUUACCAUUGAUUGGAGUAAUUUACGUCUCUAUUGGGUGGAUGCCUUUUUUGACAAAAUUGAGCACUGUUCUCUCAGUGGUUCAGACAGACAGACCCUCAGUCGAAUUAGCCAGAUGUCACACCCUUUUGGGCUUACAGUAUUUGGCGAUUAUGCAUAUUUUACGGACUGGAGGUUGAAGGGAAUUGUCCGUGUGCAGAAAGUAGAUGGUGGAGGGAUGACUAUUAUCAGAAGUGGCAUUGACAACAUUAUGCAUGUAAAAUCCUUUGAUGCUUCUAUCCAGACUGGGUCUAACUCCUGUAACAAGCCAGCAAACCCCAAUGGAGACUGUAGUCAUUUUUGCUUUCCAACACCCAAUUUUCAGAGAGUCUGUGGCUGCCCGUAUGGAAUGAAACGGGACUCCAACAACCUGAACUGCAUUGAAGAUCCGUCCAGCAAGCUACCCAAACCACAAUGUGCCAUCUUCUCUUUUGCUUGUGCCAAUGGAAAAUGCGUGCCAGGUUACAAUCGCUGCGAUGGAGUUAACGACUGCCUCGAUAAUAGUGAUGAAGUAAACUGUGGAACUUUAAAUACUACAUGUUCUUCAUUGGCCUUUACAUGUACAAAUCUCCAGUGCAUUCCAAGUUACUGGAGAUGUGAUGGACAAAACGAUUGUUCUGAUGGAAGCGAUGAACAGGAAUGUCCAACCCACGGGCCCAGCACUUGUGCAACAGACUACUUCACCUGUGCUAAUUCCUACUGCGUCCCUAAGAGAUGGGUAUGCGACACGGAUAAUGACUGUGGGGAUGGCUCAGAUGAGUUGAGCUGUAAUUCCACAAAUUCCUGUCAGCCUGAACAGUUUUUAUGCACAGAACAUCGGUGUAUUGACCCAGUUUACAUUUGUGAUGGUGAUGAAGACUGCCUGGAUGGAUUGGAUGAACAAGGCUGUGUGUACAACUGCACCUCAUAUCAGUUUAAAUGUGCAAGUGGAGAGCAGUGCAUCAAUAUUUUCUACCACUGUGAUGGCGUUUUUGACUGCCUGGAUGAAUCGGAUGAGGCAGGAUGUCCCACUCGGCCUCCAGGAAUGUGUCACCAAAAUGAAUUUCAGUGCCAAGGUGAUGGUUCUUGCAUACCAUCAAAUUGGGAAUGUGAUGGCCAUGCAGACUGUAUUGAAGGAUCAGAUGAACACCUCAGCUGUUUACCGAAGAACUGCUCUGCAAACUAUUUUCGAUGUGACAAUGGAAACUGUGUCUCUGUGGCUUGGCUUUGUGAUGGUGAUAACGACUGCAGGGAUAUGAGUGAUGAAAGGAACUGCCCAACACAACCAUUUCAAUGUGGCAGCAACCAGUGGCAGUGCCCAGGACUCAGCAUCUGUCUAAAUUUGGAUAAGAUUUGUGACCACACUCCUGACUGCCCAAAUGGUGCAGAUGAGUCUCCAUUCUGCAAUAUGGAAAGCUGUGAGGAAGGCAAUGCUGGAUGCACACAUGGAUGCAUUCAGGGACCUUUUGGUGCACAGUGCACUUGUCCAAGUGGCUAUCAGCUUACAAAUGAUUCUAAGACCUGUGAAGAUAUCGAUGAAUGUACUCCACCGGGCAGUUGUAGUCAGAUAUGUUACAAUGAAAGAGGUACUUUCAGAUGCACCUGUGAUGAAGGUUAUGCUUUACAAGCUGAUCAAAAGACCUGUAAAGUUUCAGAUUCAACACAUGUUCAGUUAAUGGUGGCAAGUCGCGGUCAUCUGGUUUCUGAAACCAUCGAUGUACGGCCACUUACCAUUCAAAGUGUGAUCCGUGAUGGAAGAAAUAUUGUUGCAAUUGAUUUUGAUUCUAAGACUGGUCGAAUUUAUUGGUCAGACGUAACUGAGGACAAGGUUUGGAGUGCUUUUCAAAAUGGAACAGAUCGAAAAAUUAUAUUUGAUAGUGGAGUGACUGUCACUGAAAAUAUAGCUGUGGACUGGAUUGGUCGCAAUCUAUAUUGGGUGGACUACAUUCUUCAAACAAUUGAAGUAUCAAAGCUGGAUGGCAGCCACAGAACUGUCUUAGUUGGUGAUAAUAUAACAAAUCCAAGAGGUCUGGUUUUGGAUCCUAGAGAUGAUAUCCAUCUAAUGUUCUGGACAGAUUGGGGAAGAAAUCCACGAAUAGAAAAAGCCAGCAUGGAUGGCACAAUGCGAACUGUUCUGAUAAGCAACAAGAUCUACUGGCCCAAUGGUUUAAGUAUUGAUUAUCCAACUAAACUACUUUACUUUGCUGAUGCAUAUUUGGAUUUUAUUGAAUACUGUGACUAUGAUGGAAAUAACAGGAGACAAAUUUUGGCAAGUGACUUAAUAUUGAGACACCCACAUGCCUUAACCAUUUUUGAAGAUUUUGUGUAUUGGACUGAUCGGCAUUCCAACCGUGUUGUUGGAGUAAAUAAGUGGCAUGGAAGGAAUCAGACUGUGAUGAUCAGUAAUAUUGUACAACCCCUUGGAAUUGCUGCCGUUCAUUCUGUAAGGCAACCUCCUGCCUGGAAUCCAUGUCUCUCAAACCCCUGCAGCCAUUUGUGCCUCCUGUCUGCAUCACCACCGAAAGGGUAUUCCUGUGUCUGCCCUUCAGGCUGGAAACUGAUGUCUGAUAUGGAGCAUUGUAAUAAAGAUGAAGAACCUUUCCUAAUUGUUGUGAGAAACAACAUCAUCUUUGGCAUUUCCCUGAACCCUGAUGACAAAACCAGUGAUGCCAUGGUUCCAAUAGCAGGAGUUCAGAAUGGUUUUGAUGUUGACUUUGAUGAAGACAAUAUGAUGUAUUGGGUCGAGCAUCCAGGAGAGAUUCACCGUGUGAAGUUAGAUGGGACCAAUAGGACAGUGUUUGCCCCAGCUUCCAUCAUUGGCUCCCCUAUGGGUUUGGCUUUUGACUGGAUUUCCAUGAACCUUUACUAUACCAACUCUGACCAACAGUCCAUUGAGGUGAUUAAAGUGCAAGGUGAUGUCAAGUACAAGAAAACAAUACUGACCAACAAUGGGCAAAGGAAUGGUGUUGGGUCACCUGUUGGUAUUGUGGUGAAUCCAGCUAAAGGGAAGUUAUACUGGACUGACCAAGGUACAGAGAAUGGAGUCCCUGCAAAGAUUGCCAGUGCCAAUAUGGAUGGUUCCAAUGCGAGAGUCCUCUUCACGAAUAACCUGGAUCACGUUGAGUUUAUCACGAUUGACAUCAAGGAACGGAAGCUGUACUGGUCCAUUUCUAGUACGGGUGUGAUUGAACGAGGUGAUCUAAAUGGGUUAAACCGAGUGACCAUAGUCAGCCACCUUUCUCACCCAUGGGGAAUAGCCAUAUACAAGAACUUCCUUUACUACGCAGAUAGCGAUUACGAAGUCAUUGAGCGCGUGGACAAGAACACCGGUGAAAAUCCAGUUGUGAUGAGGAAUAAUAUCGCGGGGUUGAUGUCCCUCAGAGUUCACUUCCGAGACAAGUCGGCUGGUUCUUCCAAUGGGUGUAGUCACAACUUUGGAGCAUGCGAGCAACUCUGCCUACCCCGACCCAGUGGAGCAUACACUUGUGACUGUACUAUGGGCUACCGCAGGAAUCCAGACGCAAGGACCUGCUCAUCAGUUGAAUCAUUUGUGAUUGUCUCCCAGUUGAAUGUUAUCCGAGGUUUCAACUUAAAUGAGAGCGACCAUUCAGAAGCUAUGGUUCCAGUGGGUGGUUUGGGUCGUUUUGCUCUGCAUGUGGAUGUGCAUGUAUCUUCAGGAUUUAUUUACUGGUGUGACUACAGUACCAUACCUGAAAAAAAUGCUAUCCGAAGAAUUAAACCCGACGGAUCUUCAUUCCAAACCAUUGUAGCUUCAGGAAUUGGUCAGAAAGGUAUCAGGGGAAUUGCAGUGGACUGGGUGGCAGGCAAUCUGUAUUUCACAAAUGCCUUCCUAUCUGAAACUUACAUUGAAAUUAUUUGCUUGAACAGUACCUUUCGUAGAGUGCUCAUUAAAACCCAAGUAGAUUGGCCUCGGGACAUUGUAGUAAAUCCAAAACUCCGAUAUAUCUUCUGGGCUGACUAUGGGCAGCAUCCCAAAAUUGAGCGAGCUUUCCUCGAUGGCUCCAACAGGACCGUCUUGUUGGAUGAUGGUAUUGUGAUGCCGCGAGGCCUGACUGCUGACUACACAAGUAACCACAUCUACUGGAUUGAUGACUCUCUGGACCUGAUUGCUAGGAUCUCACCCGAUGGUGACGAACAGCAAAUAAUCCGCUACGGUAGCCGCUACCCAACUCCAUUUGGAAUCACCAUCUUUGAAGACAGCAUGAUUUGGGUGGACCGAAACUUGAAGAAGGUUUUACGUGCAAGCAAAGAACCUGACAAUGCCGAUCCUCCUUCUGUCAUUCGAGACCACUUAAACUUAUUAAGGGAUGUGGUUAUGUUUGAUAAAAAGGUUCAACCAGCAUCACCCCAAGAAGUUAACAAUAAUCCCUGUUUGGAGCACAAUGGAGGAUGUGUCCAAUUUUGUUUUGCCUUACCAGGUUUAGAAAUACCAAAAUGUGGUUGUGCUCAUGGUAAACUGGAUGCCGACGGCAAACAGUGCACCAUCAGUCUGAAUAAUUAUUUGAUCUAUGCAACAGAAAGCUCUAUUCGUAGUCUGCACCUGGAUAUCACUGAACACAUGUUACCUUUCCCUGUAGUCAGUGUAGGGCACACUGCAAUAGCACUUGACUAUGAUAGCAGUGAGAAAAGAAUUUAUUUCACACAAAACAUUGGUGAAGGGCAAAGCCAAAUCAGCUAUAUCAGUCUCGAUGAAAAUUCUGCCUCUUCUACGCAUGUGGUGACAGGGUUGAGUUCUCCUGAUGGAAUUGCCUUUGACUGGAUUAACAGAAGGAUUUACUACAGUGACUAUCUGAACCAGACAAUCAACUCCAUAAGUAUUAAUGGUGGUAAUCACACAAUCAUUGCCAAUGUCCCGAGACCACGAGCUAUUGUGCUGGAUCCUUGCAGAGGGUAUAUGUUUUGGACCGAUUGGGGAAGCCAUCCUAAAAUAGAACGUGCAACACUUGGAGGAAACUUUCGGUUGGCAGUUAUAAAUAGCGGCCUAGUAUGGCCAAAUGGACUGACGAUGGACUACGAAGAUCAGAAGCUUUACUGGGCUGAUGCUUCUCUACAAAAGAUUGAACGCAGUAGUCUUACAGGAGCAGACCGCGAGGUGAUUGUUAGCACUGCAAUUUACCCAUUUGCAGUGACUGUCUUUGAAGAAUAUCUCUACUGGACAGACUGGAACACAAGAAGCAUCUACCGGGUCAAUAAAUAUGAUGGGUCAGAUCAAACUGUGAUGAUCCAGAACCUUCCAGAUCGCCCAAUGGAUGUCCACGUCAUGUCAGAUAUGAAGCAGCAGCAAUGCAGUAACCCAUGUGAUCAGUUUAAUGGAGGGUGCAGUCAUGUCUGUACUCCAGGGCCCCAUGGUGCAGAAUGCCAGUGCCCUGCCCAUGGCAAUUGGCGCUUGGUUAAUGACAAUAAGGAUUGUGUUCCCUCUGCUUCUGCAACAUGUGGAACUGGCUAUUUUACUUGCUUAAAUGGUCGUUGUAUUCUGGAAAAGUGGAAGUGUGAUACUGACAACGAUUGUGGAGAUCAGAGUGAUGAAGCAGAAAGACUCUGUGCUUUCCAUACCUGCCCAGCCACUGCUUUCACUUGUAAUAAUGGCAAGUGCGCACUAUAUAGGUAUCGCUGUGACCAUUAUAACGAUUGUGGAGACAAUAGUGACGAGGUUGGCUGCUUGUUUCCUACAUGUGAACCUAAUUCUGAAUUUUCAUGUAAUAACGGAAGGUGCAUUGCAAACAGCUCAGUUUGUGAUGGAAUUAAUGAUUGCCAUGAUAAUGAAACUUCAGAUGAGAGAAACUGCUCUCAUCGGACCUGCCAACCUGGUUAUAUAAAAUGUGAAACAACAAAUUUGUGUAUUCCCCACAGUCAUCUUUGUGAUGGUGAUAAUGAUUGUGGAGAUAUGAGUGAUGAGAGUGCUUCCCAAUGUGCUGCUGGGAUUUGUGCACAAAAUGAGUUCCGCUGCACGUCUGGGCGCUGUAUUCCAGGACACUGGUACUGUGAUGGAGUAAGGGAUUGUGCUGAUGAGUCUGAUGAACCAGUUAAUUGUGCAAGCCAUAAUUGUUCCGAAGUGGAAUUCAUGUGUGUGAACAGCCAUCCUCCAGAGAGAAGGUGCAUCCCUUGGGUAUGGGUCUGUAAUGGAGUGUCUGAUUGUUCCGAUGAUUUGGAUGAAGAGCAGAAUUGCACAGCACAAUCCUGCCCUGGGACAAAAUUUGCAUGUACCAAUGGAUUGUGUGUGAGGGCCUCAUACAGGUGUGACCGUAGGAAUGACUGUGGUGAUGCAAGUGAUGAACGAGGAUGUACAUACCCGCCUUGCUCUCAGCACCAGUUUACCUGCCAAAAUGGCCACUGCAUUUCAAAGUUAUUGGUCUGUGAUGGUAAUAAUAAUUGUGGCGAUAUGUCUGAUGAAGUCGAGCAACUGUGUCUGACCUCUGAGCCAACAUGCGCUCCACAACAUUACAAAUGUAACAAUGGACGUUGUAUUGAAAGAGACGAGCUGUGCAACGGGAGGAAUGAUUGUUUAGACAAUAGUGAUGAGGGAACAUGCGAUAUCAAUGAGUGCAAUCACUCUAAUUUGAGUCACUGCACACACAAUUGCACCGAUACAUUGAUAGGUUUUUUCUGCUCUUGUCCUCCUGGAUACCAUCUCAUGGAUGACAGACAAACUUGUGAAGACACUGACGAAUGUAAUGAAACACCUAGUGUCUGUAGCCAGAUUUGUGAAAACACAGAAGGCUCAUACAUUUGCAAAUGUGCCCCCGGUCAUCUUCAAGAACCUGAUGGAAAAACUUGUCGCCAAAAUAGUACUAUUACCCCUUAUAUCCUCUUCAGUAACCGCUACUACAUACGCAAUUUUUCCCUUGAUGGGAGAGCAAACUCUCUUGUUCAACAAGGGUUGAUAUAUGUGUGGGCAUUGGACUUUGACAGCGUGGAGCAAAGGUUGUACUGGAUUGAUAGGGGACGAGGAGUUCUGGAACGAAUGUUCCUGAAUGGAACAGCAAAGGAGACUGUCAUCAACUAUGGUCAUAUUGGAGCAGAAGGCCUGGCUGUUGAUUGGGUUGGAAGGAAACUGUACUGGGUCAAUCCGUAUAGCAAUACCCUUAAUGUUGCUGAAAUGGAUGGACACUUUCGUAAAAAGCUGGCUGAGCACUGUCUGGAUACAAAUGGCAUAUACUGCUUUAGGAACCCACGUGGCAUUGUGGUUCAUCCAAAAUAUGGAUACGUUUUUUGGACUGACUGGGGUUAUGAAGCCUACAUUGGUCGCAUGGGUAUGGAUGGUAGAAAUUUUUCAGCCAUCAUUACUUCAAAACUGGAGUGGCCUAAUGGAUUGACAAUUGACUAUACAAACGACAAACUGUAUUGGACAGAUGCCCAUCUGGAUUACAUUGAGUUUUCAAAUCUGGAUGGAAGCUUUCGACAUACAGUAUUUCAAGGGAUACUGAGCCACCCAUUUGCAAUUAGCCUGUUUGAGGAUACAAUAUAUUGGACUGAUUGGAACACAAAAUCAGUGGAGAAAGCAAAUAAAUACACAGGGGAAAAUAGAGAGAUUUUUGUGAACAUCACCCAUAUGCCCACUGAUAUGAUCAUAUAUCACCCAUACAGACAACCAAGAGCAAUCAAUCCUUGUGGUACAAAUAAUGGUGGCUGCUCCCAUCUGUGUCUGAUAGCAGCAGGUGGCCUAAGCUAUACUUGUGAAUGUCCAGAGAACUUCAUAAGGCUGCCGGGCAACACCUCUCACUGUUUACUGACGUGCACAAGUACACAGUACAGAUGUACAAACAAUGAAAGGUGUAUUCCAAUCUGGUGGAAAUGUGAUACAGAAAGAGAUUGCUCAGAUGGUUCUGAUGAGCCCAGCACCUGCCCACCUCGCUACUGUGGUUUUGGACAAUUUCAGUGCAAUGACGGUAACUGUACCAGCUCUUACUCCUUGUGCAAUGGCUUUUUGAAUUGCCCAGAUGGAUCUGAUGAAGACGCUGCACUUUGUGAGAGUCACCAGUGUCAGAGCUACCAGUGGCAGUGUGCUGACAGGAGCUGUAUUCCUAAAAGCUGGCAGUGUGACGAGAUGGAUGACUGCCCAGAUGGCUCUGAUGAAGAUCCUGCUACCUGUGAUUCUAGAACCUGUAACCCUGACCAGUUUAAAUGCGAUAAUGGCCAUUGUAUUCCACGAUCCUGGAAAUGUGACGUAGAUAAUGACUGUGGAGAUUACUCGGAUGAGCCUUACGAGGAGUGCCAUGGACCUGACCAUGCCUGCGACAUUCAUACUGAGUUUUCCUGUAUAACAAACUACCGUUGUAUUCCUAAUUGGGCUAUAUGCAACGGCUACAAUGACUGCCGAGACAACAGUGAUGAACAGAACUGUGAAGAUCGUACUUGUAAUCCAAGUGGUGAUUUCCGUUGUGACAAUCAUCGCUGUAUCCCUCUACGCUGGAAGUGUAAUGACGUAAAUAACUGUGGAGACAAUUCUGAUGAACGCAACUGCACUGCUCGUGAAUGCACGGAAAGUGAAUUUCGCUGUGAUAACCUCCAAUGUAUCCCUGGCCGCUGGGUGUGUGACUAUUAUAGUCACUGUGAAGAUGAUUCAGAUGAGCAAAACUGCGAGUUGCUAACAUGCCUUCCUGGAUAUUUUGAAUGUGCUAGCGGUCACUGCAUUCCGGAAAGGUACAUGUGUGAUGGAAGUGCUGAAUGUGAAGAUUUCUCAGAUGAAAUCAGUUGCCCAACUCGUUACCCCAAUGGAACCUAUUGUCCACCCUUUAUGUUUGAAUGCAAGAAUCAUGUCUGUGUGUAUCUAAACUGGAAGUGUGAUGGAGAUGACGACUGUGGUGAUGGAUCUGAUGAAGAGCUCCACCUUUGUGUGGACAUUGUUUGUGAGCCUCCUGGUCGUUUUCAUUGUGAUAAUAAUCGAUGCAUUUAUGGACACGAGGUGUGCAAUACAAGAGAUGACUGUGGAGAUGGAAGUGAUGAAACUGAAGAAAGAUGUAGCCUAUCCACAUCCAUAUCUCCUUGCACAAUUGAGGAAUACAAAUGUAGGAAUGGACAUUGCAUUCCUGACUACCACGUCUGUGAUAAUUAUGCUCAUUGUGAAGACCUAUCCGAUGAGUUGGAAUGCAGCUCUUAUAUAAAUCGAACCUGUGCAGAAAAUCUCUGUGAACACAAUUGUACAGAUCUGAUGGAUGGAGGUUUCAUCUGCUUUUGUAAACACGGAUACCAAGUAAAUGAGGAUGAUGCACGUGCCUGUGAUGAUAUCAAUGAGUGUGAAAUUUUCGGCAGCUGUCCUCACAAUUGUAAGAAUAGCAAAGGAAGCUAUGAAUGUUUCUGUGCUGAGGGAUUUGAAACUGUUUUUGAGGAGAAUGGUACUUUAUGUGCUGCAACAGGAGAUCCUCCUAUCCUGCUUUUGCCAGACAAUGAAGGAAUUCGGCGAUACAAUCCCACACUUCAUCAAUACACUGACUAUGUUGAUAAUGAGGAGAACAUCAAAGCCAUUGACUACAUUUGGGACACAGAAGAUCCAGAUCUCAGUAUAGUGUACUGGACAGUCCAGGGACAUGACUCAAACCCCGGCUCCAUAAAGUUUGCCUUUCUCACAAGAUUCGAUGACAGAGGAAGCAAUCCAACAGUACCAGUGAACUUAAACCUGACUUAUAUAGUGACACCUGAUGGCAUUGCCGUGGAUUGGGUUGGAAAGCAUAUUUAUUGGACUGAUUCCGGCGCAAACAGAAUUGAGGUGGCAGACCUAAAUGGGCUAUACAGGAAAUGGCUGAUUGACUCUGAACUGGACCAACCAGCUGCUAUAGCUGUAAAUCCUAAACUUGGGCUGUUCUACUGGACGGAUUUGGGCAGUAAUUCAGGCAGUAAUCCCAAAAUAGAGAGUGCCUGGAUGAAUGGAGAACAACGACAAGUGUUAGUUGACAGCGAACUGGGCUUACCAACAGGCCUCACCAUAGAUUAUCUCAAUGGUGACAGAGUCUAUUGGAGUGAUUCCAAGGAGAACCUCAUAGAGUCAAUGAAGUUUGAUGGGACUGACAGAAUACAGGUUACUAAUGGAGACUUGGGUAACCCAUUUAGUCUGGAUGUUUUUGAAAAUCAUUUGUAUUGGACAACGAAAGAGAAUGGUGAAGUAUGGAAGCAAGAUAAAUUUGGAAAAGGGCAAAAGGUGAAGGUUCUGAGAGUAAAUCCAUGGCUGACCCAAGUUAGGAUUUAUCAGGAGAGCCGUUACAAUCACUCAGUGCCUAAUCCUUGCAAGGAUGUCUGUAGUCAUCUGUGUUUGCUGACACCGAAAGGUUACUCUUGUGCGUGCCCUCAAGGUAGCCAAUUUCAAACUGACAGCGAAUCUGAAUGUGAUGCAGCACUGAAGCAACAACCAGCCAUGCCACUUGUUUGCAAGUGUAGGAAUGAAGGAAUAUGUUACUUUGAAACACAUAUUGCAAAAUGCAAAUGUUCUUACGGAUAUACAGGAUAUUAUUGUCAAUUUGCAAAAUCCCAAGGGUCUCAUCAAUCAAAAGCAGCAAUGGCCGUAUUAAUUGUCAUCCUAUUGCUGGGAGCACUAGCUGCUGGAGGAGCCUUCCUGAAUUACAGGCGCACAGGCUCAAUUCUGCCAGCUUUCCCGAAGCUUUCAAGUUUAAGCAGUUCUUCCAAACCUGAUGGAAAUGGGGUGACAUUUAGAGCUGGAAUGGAUGACGGAAUGUACAAUGAUACUUCUGCCAUUAACAUAGAUUCCGCUAUUGGUAGAAGAAUGCCUGUGUAUGAAAAUGUCAACAUCAAGGAAGGAAAACAAACAGCCCGGUUCGAAAAUCCUGUGUUUGGAGCAAAGGAAGUUCCUUCCAAUGAGCCUUGGGCGGUUGAACAAUCAGCGGUGAUAAUGGCGGUCGGGGGUGAAAUAAAUGACAUCAGCUAUAAUAAUUCUAUAUACCCUUCGCUGCCUCCAUCUGUGGACAAACCUGUUUCAGCUCAGGAAUCAAUAUGGAAUUUUUUCGGAAGAAAGCCCAAACAAAGCUCGAAUUUUGAAAACCCUUUCUACGCAAUGAGUCAAAAAGAGCAACAGGCAAGUAAUCUAGUCGCAGGAGCCUCUGCCACUUCACAAACUUUUGAAUUACCUCCAAGCAAGUCACAAUCAAAAAAAGAUGAGCCUUUAACCUUCAGUCCAACAGAGAAUACUUACAAAGAUACAGCCGCUCUCGUCCAAAAGGAUUCCAAACCAUAAUUCAGUAUGCAACUGGAGAACAGUGAUUGCUUUUCCUCUGACACAAUAUAUUUUUAUAUAUAGCCAGAAUAUUAGGAUACAUCAGAUAUAUAAGUACUAAAAACCCAUUAAAUACUUAGUGUGAGCCAGUAGCUGUUUGAAGUAGACUCUCUGUUCCCUACCCUUUGCUGAUGUUAUAUGCCAACUUUCAUCAAUUUUGGUUUUUUGUCUGUGAAGACUUUUUUUUAACCCAGAGGUUCUUUAUGUAUUUCUUUGCACUGGAUGUGUAUAAGUAUGAGAUAUCUAAUGUUAUAAAUACAUGUAUAUUUGUAAAUUUUUAAGAGAUUAUGUCAAUAAUUUUACAACUGGUAAACUUAUAGUCAAGAUUGAAAUUUGUGGAAAUCUGAAGGUUGAGUUUAUGCCACUGAUUUCAAGUUUAGAAAGGCAAUUCUGAAUGUGCAAACUACUGAUCUUGUUCCCUGAAGGAAUUUGAUAAAAUCUAUGUGGCUAAUUGCAUAUAAUAAAUAACAUGAGUACACUGGAGUUCUUUUUGAAAUAUUAAAAAAGUGAAACCUAUAUUAAAUAGUCUUUUGCAAAACCAGUUAUAACAACUGCUGAUGAUAGAAAGCUUAAUGUGUGAUCAAGAUAUACCCUAUUCACAUUAUCAAAAUAGCCAUUUAUUUGAAAAUAAAAGGUUCUGGGAUUAGGAAUAAAGCAUUGAUAAAUGUUUUCUGUUGCAAUAUUGGUUUAUACUAUUACUUUUCCAAAUUAAUCUUCAGAAUUGUUUACAUUUUUUUGUAUUAUAAGAUAAAACUAAAAAAUCCAAAGAUAAUGAAGAGUAAUCUCAUAGCCCAAAGACAUCAUAGAAUUUUCUGAAUUGAAAUGAUGUGAAAACGUUCCUACCCACCUGGUUUCCUUUCACCUUCUCCUGCCCCACUUUUUUAUUCUGGUGUCUUUCCCCACCAUUCCAGUCCCAAAGGAGUGUUUUGGCCCGAAACAUCAGCUGUUUAUUCAUGUCCGGAGAUGCUGCCUGGUCUGCUGAGUUCCUCCAGCACUUUAUGUGUGACUCUUUAAAAAUAUACUCUUGGAGAAAACUAUUCCAAGUUUUAUCUGUUAUUUUAAAUCACAAAUAAGAUCUGUCGUAGGAGCAGGAGAAUGUAACUCAAUCACUCUUACCUGCUUUGCUAGUUAAUAAGAACAUGACAUCCUUCUGGGUAUCAAUAAAGUGAAUAUUGCAACAGCGUAUUUAUAUCCAUUGACUCAAAUGGAAUCCUGCCCUCUUUCAGUGAAAAUAACAUCAAAAAGUUAUUUUUGUCUAUUUAUUGAGAUCCAGCGCGCAAGAGGCCCUCCUGGCCCUUUGAGCCGCGCUGCCCAGCAACCGCUGUUUCAAUCCUAGCCCAAUCACGGAACAGCUUACAAUGACUAAUUAACCUAUCAACCAAUGCGUCUUUGGACUGUGGAAGGAAACUCACGCAGUCUCGUUGAGGGAGGAUGUGCAAACUGCUUACAGGCAGCGGCAGGAAUUGAACCCGGGCCAAAUUCCGUAAGGCGUUGUGUAUCCACAAAGCUGCUGCGCUACCCCACUGCAUGAAUCGGAAUUUUCCCUUUUUACGUGCAUCAUAACAAUAGUUAUACAUUGAAUUCUGUUUCUGAAUUUCAUAACUGGAGUCCUGUAUGAUUCUGUCACUAAAGUGUUUACUGUGGGGACUCAAAAUAGGAGUGAGGGGAACAGCUAUGAGAGAGAUCCACAGAACAUUGAAGUUUUCGAACAAAUUAUCCUGCAUUGUUCAUGAAAGCGAGCAGACGUUAGUUUGAGGAUAAAUGCACCUAAAAUCACCAAUUGAUCUGUUCCCUGUAACAAAUUCAAUGCCACAGGUGGCAGUGGAGCCAAGUCAUUGGGUACAUUUAAGGCAGAGGUUGAUAGAUUUUUGAUUAGUUAGAAAAUGAAGGGAUAUGGGGAGAAGGCAGGAGACUGGGGUUGAGAGAUCAGCCAUGAUGAAAUUAUGGAGCAGAAUUGAUGGGUCAAAUAGUCUAAUUCUGCCCCGAUAUCUGUUGGUUUUUAAAGAAGAAAAGAUAGCCAAGAUAUCAGGCUUUCCUUUAAUUGCACAGAAAGUUAAAGACAAUUUUUAAAAAUCAGAAAAACUAUACUGAUUGAUAGCAAUAGAUGGCGAGACUCUGAUACGGAUUACACUGAGAAUAUAAACCUCACAUGAUCAAUUCUAGAAGUGAUGUGUUUCCUGUCCUACAGAUUUCAAGGAAUAAUCAAGACAACUGCUCAUUUUGCCUUACUUCACUGAAUUACAUUUACAAAUGUAAUUUUCCUGUAAAUGGCCAAAACUAGCUGCCAGAAUUUAUUGUUCAUUUCCUGCAUGUCUACUCACCACUGAUUGUUCUUGAUGUGAUGAUAAUUUUAUAUAUUUUAUGCUUUAAGAAAUUGUAGAAUCUUUUGUAUGUUAAUUUUUAAUGGAUGAUUUCUAGAGUGGAAACUAUAUUAUAUGAUGAUUAGAAAAAAUUUCACUGAAAUCUACUGCAGAAUAAAUUGAAUAAAGUGCAUUAUUUUAUCAUA